AUGCUCAGAGCCGUGAGGAGCAGGCAGCUUGGCAGGCAGGGCUGCCCUUGGGCCCUGCUUGCCUGGCUGUUUCUGGUGCCUUCAGGCAUUGCCCACUGCCCUCUUGCCUGCUGCCCCUUUGGCCCCUCAGGGCUGCUCUGCACGAAGCCAGGAGCACUCACCAGCCUUGGCCUCCUGACAAGCUUGGAGAACCUGACAAGCUUGGAGAACCUGACGGAGCUCCACAUUGAGAAUCAGAAGGAUCUGAAGCGCUUGACCCUGAGUGACCUGAGUGGCCUGAGAGAGCUGAGGAACCUCACCAUUGCACACAGUGGUCUCCGAUAUGUGGCUCCAGAUGCGUUUCGUUUCACGCCUCGGCUCAGCCGACUGAACCUUUCCUUCAACGCGCUGAACUCACUCUCGUGGAAAACUGUUCAUGACCUUUCCCUGCAGGACCUGGUUCUGACUGGAAACCCCUUGAACUGUUCCUGUGCCCUUCAAUGGCUGCAGCGCCGGGAAGAGGAAGGGACGGCCCAGCUGGGAUUUGCAUGCCAGAGUUAUUUUGCCCUCAUGCCCAAUGACAGCUGUGGAGUUCCUCUGCUGAAGGUGGAGCCAUCCAAUAUUACAGUGGACGUGGGUGACAACGUAACGCUGCAUUGCCAGGUGGAGAGCCAGAGCCAAAGUUGGACCAGCUGGAACACUGAAGAGCUGUCUGAGUUCGUCACUCCCCUGGAAUCUGGGAAUCUGUCAUCCUUAUGGUUGAUUCUGGCCAAUGUCUCCAGCGACCUCAACAGAAAGAAUGUGAUAUGCUGGGCUGAGAAUGAUGUGGGCUGGGCCCAGCUCUCCGUACAGGUCAACGUCUCCUUUCCACCUAAAGUGAAGCUCCAUCACCCAGUCUCCCAGCACCACUGGUGCAUUCCUUUUUCUGUGGAUGGGCAGCCACCUCCCACCCUCACCUGGCGCUUCAAUGGAUUCCUGCUCAAUGAAACCAACUUCAUCUUCACGGAGUUCCUAGAGCAGACAGCCAAUGAGACCAUGAGGCAUGGAUGCCUUCGACUUAACCAGCCCACCCAUGUCAACAAUGGCAAUUAUACCCUGGAGGUCUCCAACUCUGGGGGACGAGCCAUUGACUCUGUGAUGGCCUCCUUCAUGGACAAUCCUUUCCAGUUCAACCCUGAGGAUCCCAUCCCUGUUUCCUAUUCCCCAGGAGACACCAAUAGCACCAAUGGGGUCCCUGUGGAGAAGAAAGAAGACCAGUCUUUUGGGGUCUCAGUGGCAGUGGGUCUAGCUGUUUUUGCCUGCCUCUUUCUCUCUGUCCUACUCAUUCUUCUCAACAAAUGUGGCCGGAGAAGCAAGUUCGGGAUCAACCGUCCUGCGGCACUGGCCCCCGAGGAAGGUCUGGCCAUGUCCCUACACUUCAUGACUCUGGGAAACAGCUCCCUCUCUCCUGAGGGAAAGGGAGCUGGGCUACAGGGACACAUCAUUGAGAAUCCACAAUACUUCAGCGAUGCCUGUGUCCAUCACAUUAAACGCAGGGACAUCGUGCUCAAAUGGGAGCUGGGAGAAGGAGCCUUUGGAAAGGUCUUCCUGGCUGAGUGCCACAACUUGCUUCCGGAGCAGGACAAGAUGCUCGUGGCUGUCAAGGCCCUGAAGGAGGUGUCCGAGAGUGCCCGGCAGGACUUCCAGCGAGAGGCGGAGCUGCUGACGGUCCUGCAGCACCAGCACAUCGUCCGCUUUUUCGGGGUCUGCACGGAGGGCCGCCCGCUGCUCAUGGUCUUUGAAUACAUGAAGCAUGGAGACCUGAACCGCUUUCUCAGAUCUCAUGGACCAGAUGCCAAGAUACUGGCCAAUGGAGUGGGCACAGCUCCAGGGCCCCUAGGCCUGGGGCAGCUGCUGGCAGUGGCUGGCCAGGUGGCCGCUGGUAUGGUCUACCUGGCUAGCCUGCACUUUGUGCAUCGAGAUCUAGCCACCCGAAACUGCCUGGUGGGCCAGGGACUCGUGGUAAAGAUUGGAGACUUUGGCAUGAGCCGAGACAUCUAUAGCACUGACUACUACCGGGUGGGGGGCCGCACAAUGCUGCCUAUCCGAUGGAUGCCGCCGGAGAGCAUCCUCUAUCGGAAGUUUACCACGGAAAGUGACGUCUGGAGCUUCGGUGUCUUGCUCUGGGAGAUCUUCACCUAUGGCAAACAGCCCUGGUACCAGCUCUCCAACACUGAGGCAAUCGAGUGUAUCACUCAGGGCAGGGAACUGGAGAGGCCUCGAGCCUGUCCCCCGGAGGUGUAUGCCAUCAUGAGGGGCUGUUGGCAGCGGGAGCCCCAGCAACGCCACAACAUCAAAGACAUCCACGCUCGGCUCCAGGCCCUCAUCAAGGCACCUCCUGUCUACCUGGAUGUCCUGGGCUAGUCAGGAGUUGGACAGGCCCUGAGGAUCAGGCCUAAAAAGCCUCUGGGGCUCCCAACCUUGCUCACUCUCCAACGCCACCCCUAUUAUUG